AUGGCCAACGGUGGCAAUAACUCCAAUGCCCAGCACUACGAUCAGCAACAAGGUCAACAAGAAUACUAUGCUCAAUUACAGCAACAGCAACAGCAGCAACAGCAGCAGCAGCAGCAACCUCCAUUACAAAACGACAGCCAUUCGGUCAUCCUUGUUACAGCAGGCUACGACAACACCAUUCGUUUUUGGGAAGCAUUGAGUGGUAUUUGUUCGCGUACUAUCAAACACCCAGACUCGCAAGUCAAUCGGUUAUGCAUUUCACCUGACAAGACUACGCUGGCGGCUGCAGGCAAUCACUCUGUAAGGUUAUACGACGUGAAUAGCCCAAAUGAGAAUCCAUUUGUUGUCUUUGGAGACCACACAGGCAAUAUCACAGCAACUGGUUUCCAUGGGGAAGGUCGUUGGAUGUUUACAGCAAGUGAAGAUGGGCAGCUAAAGAUUUGGGAUACUCGAUCAGGCAACAAUCCCGUAUUGACAAGAAACUUCAGCAACGGUGCACCUAUCAAUGAUGCUGUGAUGCAUGCUAAUCAAGGCGAAUUGGUGACCUGUGAUCAAAAUGGCAGUGUUAAAAUAUGGGAUCUUGCAGCUCAUGCUUGUACGCAUGAAUUGGUGCCUGAAGAAGGCGUUCCGAUGCGUUCAGUGAGUGUUGCUUCCGAUGGUUCCAUGAUGGUGGCAGCCAACAACAAAGGCAAUGUCUAUGUAUGGCGUAUGACAAAUACCUCCUCUGAUUGUGCCGAAAUCGCUCCUGUCACCAAGUUCUCUGCUCACAAUGAUUACAUUUUGCGUUGCGUACUGAGCCCCGACACAAAAUUGCUGGCCACCUGUUCGGCGGAUAAGACAGUGAAGAUAUGGAACACUGAACAGAAUUUCAAGUUGCAAAUGACCCUGACAGGACAUCAACGAUGGGUGUGGGAUUGUGCGUUUUCGGCAGAUUCAGCUUAUGUUGUCACUGCAUCUUCGGAUCACGUAGCACGACUAUGGGAACUCGCACAAGGUGAGACGAUUCGACAAUACAAUGGACACCACAAAGCUGCUGUUUGUGUGGCUCUCAAUGACCUAUCGGUUGGUUAUGCAUAA